UAUCUCUCUCAUCAACACACAAACCUUAGUCACCUCUGACUUAUUCCAAAAAAAAUUAGUCCAGAAUGAGUUACGUCGCUAAGGACAAGGAGUAUGACGCAGCAGGCGCUGUCCCCGCUGCCAAAAUUCAUAAAAUUCGUAUUACCUUGACGAGCAGCAACGUCAAAAACUUGGAAAAAUUCUCCGCCGACCUCAUCAACCGUGCAAAGGACAAGCAGCUCCGUGUCAAGGGCCCUGUCCGCCUCCCCACCAAGGUCCUGAAGAUCACAACCCGUAAGACUCCUUGCGGUGAGGGUUCGAAGACCUGGGACCGCUACGAGCUCAAGGUGCACAAACGUCUCAUUGAUUUGCACUCCUCCAGCGAAGUCGUUAAGCAGAUCACUUCUAUUAGCUUGGAGCCUGGUGUUGAGGUUGAAGUCACCAUCUCAGCUUAGGUAUCUUUACUGUAUGUAUGUUUGCUGUAUGACAAGGCAUUGCCGUCCGACACUUUGCUCCACAUCGUGAAUUGUAUGCUUUCAUUCCGAAAAGAAGCGUGUA